AUGGGGUUGCCAACGACAAAAAAGAACCGAGAAAAUUUAAGCAACGAGUUAAGGGAGGCUGCUUCCUCCUCGUCUUCAGACGAUACCAAAAAUUACCUCGACAAAAUUUUUGGAGAUAUUUCAAAAACUUCGGCUACUAAGCAGAUUGUUAUUGGUACUACAUCGGGAUGGAUGACGGGUUUCCUGGCAAUGAAAGUUGGUAAAAUCGCAGCAUUCUCUGUUGGCGGAGGUAUCAUUAUUCUUCAGAUAGCUGUUCACCAAGGAUAUAUUAAAGUUAAUUGGGAUAAAAUUCAGAAGAAGGCAGAAAAAGUAGGCCAAUGGUGUCGUCAAAAUACGUAUGUAGAAAGAUUUGUGGAUAAGAAAUUGGAUAAAGCUGAAGACUAUUUAAAAUCAAAGAAGGCUCAGGGCCAUCGCUGGUAUGAAAAAUUCCUCGGGACCGACAACGCCAAUGGAGUGUUCAAGCCCAAAGAGAUGCAUUUCUUUGUCGUUUCUUUCGUUGCCGGUGUCCUAAUUGGAAGCGCAACCGCUAGUUAUUAA